UUCAGAUGUAGAGUUGUGUUGGUGGAGGCCAUUCUUCAGACCUGUAUGGGUGGAUCUGGUGUUCACGUCGCGGAACCUGCUGUCUGCAAAUAUGUCCACAAUGAUAAACACCUUUCAUAGCAGCUUCAAUCCUCCGCCGGUUCCUCCAAGGCCAGGCCACCAAGGAGGGCCAGCGCUGCGAUCAAACACACCAUUAGUCAGGUUCAUAUCAGUGCUGCUGCUUCUGCUAAUGAUACUGACGUUUGGAGGGUUUCUCUACCUGUUCCAUAGAAUCAGCACGCUGCAGGACAGACGCAGUGAUAAUGAGAUAAACGCACUAAAACAACUACAGCAGUGUGCAGAGAACCUAGGAUCUGAGAAUUUACAGCACUGCAACAAGCUCGUGGAACUCUAUAAAAAUCUCCUAAAAAAGGUCUCUGAAGCUGAAGGAAAAGUGGCUUUGUUGAUUGAACCUGGUUCCUCCACCAAUCCUCAAGCAAGGUUGGUGUUAAGUGAAUCUAAAGAGGAGAACAAAUUCAAUACCCUGGUAUGGAAAAAAACCCACUCUGUGCUGGAGAAGAUCACCCUCAGCUCAUCAGGAGUCCUGACCAUUCAGUACCCUGGAUAUUACUUGAUCCAGUCGCAAGUCACCUUUUCCAAAGCACAUGAAAAAGCACCACUCUAUCAAGCCAUAUGGUCCCAAAAGACAAAUGACGAAACCCCAAGUGAACUGCUCAAGUCCUUUUGCAGCUUGCCUCGGGGCAGUAAGAUGCCUGAUCUGUGCACUGCCUCAGAGACAGGGGUGUUCAGACUUGAGAAGGGUCACAAACUAUUUGUUAAUGUAACUGACAAGAGCUUAGUGAACCUGGACGCUACCACUUUUGGAUUGUUCAGGCUACAGGAUUGAGAGCAGACUAACUAAGAACUAAGAGGAUCUACCAGCACAAGGCAAAGUGGAUAACAGAAUCCAUCUUACAGGGUAUACAUGGAUAACUAUAUGAAAUUGGAGUCUCUGAAACUAUUCAAAAAAAAAAAAAGAAGGCUGGAACUUCUGCAGAAGAGCUUCUUCCUUUAACUUUCACCACAAUGUAAGCUCAGAGGAAAGUCUGACACAUCGUUAAGUGCGGGAUUUGCAGGGAAAAUGAAAUGUGUGACAUUUCAUAACGUUUCUAUACAAAAAUUAGUCAGCAAUUCUAAACAUGCGGUUUAAAGAAGUGGUGUAAAUGUCACUUUUAUGUAAUAUUCUCAAUCUAUACUACCAAAAAAUAAUUUAUUAACGUUGAAUCUUAGCUACUGUCUUUGCAAUAUAUUUAUGAAGAGGGAAAUCCAGCUUGAAGAGACUACUCUGAUGUGUGUAAUAGCUUCUGUGUCAUUUUUAACAUCCUGAUGAUUUAGCUGUACAAUACAAUGUGACACUACAUUUAUUAGAAGCCUGGUUUUCUCUGAAGAAUCUGCACUGACAAGAACUUCUCAUAUAGUAAAAGUAAAAAAAACAACUAGAAUGUAUUUCAAAAACCGGCGGUUUAUUUCUAAAUGAUGUGUCACAGUAAAACUUUAUGAUAAAUAUACCGCAGACGGCAAGUAGGAUUUUUAAAUGGAAGUUCCCUCUCUCAAAAUAUGUAUUUAUAUUUUUGUAUUAAAAUACAUUUUUUU